AUGAUCGAAGAGAGUUUCCUUUCACUCUAUGGCCUUACUGUUACGGCGUGUCAGGGGUGCCCUCUUUCCCAAAGUUUGUACGCCUACGUACUGGGCGAUGUCGAUCCCGAAGAGCAUUGGCCACCGGGAAAUAGAGCCGGGGAUUUGCAGUUGCCUUCUGAAUUGAAUAGGAAACUGUUUGUCUACAACUCACGGCAUACGUGUGGGAGGAAGCGGUCGACGGUCCUUAUGGUGACACAGGGUGACAGGCAUAAGCCGAUCCUUACACUCAACCGUGAGGAGUUUGAAGGGGUUAUGGCUGCAAGGGAGGAGGCGGAGAGAGAGAUCGUCAAUUUUGGUAAGAAGCUCUGA